GGUGGGCCGCGACGCGGAAGUGCUGAAGCCGGCGGCGCUGCCCGGCCCCGGGCAGGAGGGUCCGCCCGGGUGGGCGCAUGGUGGCGGGGCGGCGCAGGAUGCUGAAGCUGGCCGCGGGGCUGCUGGCGGCGGCUGCUGUGGCGCUGCUGCUGGAUUGGUGCGUGCCUUCGGGGGCGCCAGCGCCCGCGGCGGGUCAGCGCCGGCGGGACUCCCUGCCCGCCCCCGGGGCAGAGGCCGCCAACCUGCUGUGGGUGGUGCAGGUGUCAGAUAUUCAUAUCAGUAGAUUUCGGGAUCCCAAACGAGCUCCUGACUUCGAAAAAUUCUGUUCCGAAACAAUUGAUAUAAUUCAGCCAGCACUUGUUCUAGCAACAGGUGACCUCACAGAUGCGAAGACAAGAGAUAAACUGGGAUCUGAGCAGGUAGAAGUAGAAUGGAAAACUUACCAGUCAAUCCUGAAGAGAUCAAGGGUCAUGGAAAAAACCAAGUGGAUAGACAUCAAGGGGAAUCAUGAUUCAUUCAACAUUCCACACCUGAAUAGCAUUCGGAAUUACUACAGGAAAUACUCUGCCUGGCACAAAGAUGGCUCUUUCCAUUACAUCCACACCACCCCGUUUGGGAACUAUUCAUUCAUCUGUGUGGAUGCCACACUAAGCCCAGGCCCUAAGAGACCCUACAAUUUCUUCGGGAUUUUAAACACGAAUCAAAUGAAAGAACUAUCUUUGAUGGCAACACAAAGUCUGCGCAGCAAUCAUACUGUCUGGUUUGGUCAUUUUCCCACCUCAACAAUCAUCUCCCCAGCCCCAGGAAUACGAGCAUUGAUGAGUUCUGCCACAGCCUAUUUAUGUGGACAUCUCCAUACACUGGGUGGGCUGAUGCCAGUCUUGCAUAGUCAGCACCGUGGUGGCACUCUGGAACUUGAACUGGGAGACUGGAUGGAUAAUAGAAGGUACCGGAUCCUUGCAUUUGAUCAUGACCUCCUGAGCUUUGCAGAUCUUACCUUUGAAGAAUGGCCUGCAGUCCUCAUCACCAAUCCCAAAUCCUUCCUUUACAGCAGUUCUGCUCAUGAACCACUAGACAAAAUUCUUUAUUCCACUCAUAUCAGAAUUCUGGCCUUCUCUCCUUCUGUCAUUACCUCCAUCGAAGUUUAUAUAGAUGGAGUUUACUUGGGGAAUGCACAUCAGGUAUCUGGGCCUCUCUAUGUACUAAAGUGGAGCCCGCAGAACUACAGUGAAGGGUUCCAUCACAUAGAUGUGACUGUCCAGGAUGCUUCAGGUAGAAUUAGUACACGGAGUCAUAUAUUUGCUAUGGAAGAAACCCUCUCUCUUAGGUUUGAUUUUUGGCCAUCUGUUAUUCUUCUCACUGACCACUAUGUUCUAGCUCGUGUGCUCUUUGGACUGAUCGUGCUGAUUCAGAUCACCUUGCUCAUUAUUUUCAGGUAUCUCCAAAAGCCAGCACUCAAAGAAAAGCCAGGAUUACUUACUCUGACCUCGUAUUCCCUCCAUGUCUUCAGUAAAAUAAACACCCUCUAUUACUCAAUUCUGGUUCUGAAUUUAUACACCAUUCUGGGACCAUGGUUUGUAGGUGAACUGAUAGAUGGCCACGUGGGGGCCUGCUUUUCCUUUGGGGUCUUUGUUGGUGGUUCCUUCUUACAGGGCAGUCUGACAUUCGUGGCUGGGAUUUUACAGAUGUUGUUUUUCAACCUGCCAUUGAUGGCCUAUCUGUGCUGGUGCCUGUUGCUGCGAUGCCAGGGUCACAGUUUCUGUUCUCACAUCCGUCAGGCCCGACACAUCAUGGCUGUGCUUGUCCACGUGGCAAUGACACUCCUCCUGGCCUGGCAGGUCUAUUCUUGCUAUUUCCUGCAGCGAACCUAUGGGAUGUUGGCAUUCUUCCUCUCCCCAAUGCGAACAUGGCUGGUGCUGCUGACCUCAGCUCUGAUUUAUAAGACCUGGACACUGAAAACAUCUGAGCUCAGAACUUACAUAGUAGAAAUGAAAAACUGUCAGAGCUCCUGAAGUACAAUUUAAGUACUUUAAGUUCUUUGACUUAGAAACUGCCAAGGCACAGCCUAUAGUUUUGUGAUGCUGGAAUUCCAUACAGCCCAACCAUUAGGUGCUAAGAUAUGAAGCUGCACCUGCACUGCUACAGGGCUGUAUUAAAUAGUAAAUGUAUAACAAUAUGUAAUAUAUACUUCUAUUGUUUUAUACAAUAUGCUGUAUAAUACAUGUUAGGUAAUACAGUUAUACACUAUACAUUAAUUCAGUAUACAGGAAA